AGUUGCUGAAAUGUCCAUAAUGAAACUUGAUUGCACGUUACAGGUGGCCUGGUCUGAGCGGCUUGAGCAUUUCCUGGUGCUCUUAGCUGGUGUCUGCAGAAAUUGGUCAUGUCGCAUGGUGCAAAACAGCUGGCCGCUGGGAUCUUACAUGCCACCGGCAAAGGCCAGCAUGGAAACUUCCUGGUCGCCAUCAAGCAGGAGAAGGGGGAGAUUCCCCGGACCAGCAGCGAGAAGCCCCAUGGCGAGGAGGAGCCAGUGAAGAAGAGGGGCUGGCCCAAAGGGAAGAAGAGGAAGAAGAUCCUGCCCAAUGGCCCCAAGGCCCCAGUGACCGGCUACGUCCGCUUCCUGAAUGAACGCCGCGAGCAGAUCCGCAUGCAGCAUCCCGACCUGCCCUUCCCAGAGAUCACCAAGAUGCUGGGAGCCGAAUGGAGCAAACUGCAGCCCACGGACAAACAGCGGUACCUGGACGAGGCGGAGCGCGAGAAGCAGCAGUACAUGAAGGAGCUGCGGGAAUACCAGCAGUCGGAGGCCUACAAGAUGUGCACAGAGAAGAUCCAGGAGAAGAAGAUCAAGAAAGAGGAUGCUGGUUCUGUGUCUGUGAACACUCUGCUGAAUGGGCACCCGCACAAGGGCGGGGACUGUGGCGGGGACGGCUUCUCCACGUUUGACGUGCCCAUCUUCACCGAGGAGUUCUUGGACCAGAACAAAGCGCGGGAGGCCGAGCUGCGGCGCCUGCGGAAGAUGAACACGGAGUUCGAGGAGCAGAAUGCCAUCCUGCAGAAGCACACGGAGAGCAUGAGCUGCGCCAAGGAGAAGCUGGAGCAGGAGCUGGCACUGGAGGAGAGGCAGACGCUGGCCUUGCAGCAGCAGCUCCAGUCCGUCCGGCAGGCCCUGACCACCAACUUCGCUUCUCUCCCCAUCCCAGGCACCGGAGAGACCCCCACGCUGGGCACCCUGGAUUUCUACAUGGCCAAACUGCACAGCGCCAUCGAGAGCAACCCGCUCCAGCACGAGAAGCUGGUCGUGCGCAUCAAGGAGAUCCUCUCCCGGAUAGCCAGUGAACACUUAUGAAAGGCCUGGUGUGUCCUGCGGCCCAGCGCUGACAUGGACUGGGACCCUCAGCCACCUCCUCCCACCCGCCC